CUUAUUCCCAACACAACACUUUUCUCUCUUCUUACACACGUCAUCUUUCUAGACCUCUGGCUCGAGCCAAAGUUUAUCGAAAUCACAUCGAUGGAGAUCGCCAAGAGCCUCAUCUGCUUCAUCUCCUUUGCUGUCGUUCUUCUCUUCACGACCUCCAUGGCCGAAGCCCAUGUUAAAGCACACCACCACGAGUUCAUCAUACAAGCGACGAAGGUGAAGCGACUAUGUGAAACACACAACAGCAUAACGGUCAACGGAAUGUUUCCCGGUCCAACACUUGUUGUCAACAACGGUGAUACUCUUGUCGUCAAAGUCAUUAACCGGGCUCGGUACAACGUCACUAUCCACUGGCACGGUGUGAGGCAAAUGCGAACCGGUUGGGCUGACGGACCGGAAUUUGUGACUCAAUGUCCAAUCAGACCGGGAUCAAGCUACACGUACCGGUUUACAAUUCAAGGACAAGAAGGUACACUUUGGUGGCAUGCUCAUAGUUCAUGGCUAAGAGCAACUGUCUACGGUUCACUUCUUGUCCUUCCCCCGGCUGGUUCCUCUUACCCAUUCACAAAUCCCCACCGCAACGUCCCUCUCCUUCUCGGUGAAUGGUGGGACGCAAAUCCGGUCGAUGUGCUGAGAGAGUCUAUACGAACCGGAGGAGCUCCAAAUAACUCCGACGCUUACACCAUCAAUGGUCAACCUGGCGAUUUCUAUAAAUGCUCUUCUCAAGAUACGACAAUAGUACCAAUAAAUGUUGGUGAGACUAUACUAUUAAGAGUAAUAAACUCCGCUUUGAACCAACCAUUAUUCUUCACGGUGGCUAACCACAAGCUCACGGUGGUCGGAGCUGACGCAUCCUACUUGAAACCUUUCACCACUAACGUGAUUGUUCUCGGCCCGGGCCAAACCACUGAUGUCCUCAUAACAGGUGAUCAACCACCAAACCGUUACUACAUGGCCGCAAGAGCUUACCAAAGCGCCCAAAACGCACCGUUUGGUAACACAACCACAACCGCGAUCCUACAAUACAAAUCCGCCCCUUGCUGUGGUGGUGGAAGCGCCAAGAAGGGUAUCUCCGUCAAACCUAUCAUGCCUCUCCUCCCCGCCUACAACGACACAAACACAGUCACACGUUUCAGCCAAAGCUUCCGGUCACUAAGACGAGCCGAGGUUCCGACAGAAAUCGACGAGAACCUAUUCAUAACCAUCGGACUCGGUCUCAACAACUGUCCCAAGAACUUCAGAUCAAGAAGAUGUCAAGGUCCUAACGGCACACGUUUCACUGCAUCGAUGAACAACGUUUCAUUUGCUCUUCCAAGUAACUACUCACUCCUUCAAGCUCACCACCAUGGCAUCCCCGGAGUCUUCACAACUGACUUCCCGGCCAAGCCUCCGGUGAAAUUUGAUUACACGGGUAACAACAUAAGCCGAUCUCUUUACCAACCUGAUAGAGGGACUAAGCUAUACAAGCUCAAGUAUGGAUCAACGGUUCAGAUUGUUCUUCAAGACACCGGUAUAGUAACUCCUGAAAAUCAUCCCAUUCAUCUACACGGGUAUGAUUUCUACAUCGUGGCCGAGGGUUUCGGUAACUUCAACCCCAAGAAAGAUACCGCAAAAUUCAAUCUCGAAGAUCCCCCUCUUAGAAAUACUGUCAGUGUACCUGUUAAUGGUUGGGCAGUCAUCAGAUUCGUAGCAGACAACCCUGGGGUUUGGAUAAUGCAUUGUCAUCUAGACGCACACAUAUCUUGGGGACUAGCGAUGGCUUUCUUGGUUGAGAACGGAAAUGGAGUUUUGCAGACAAUGGAACAGCCUCCUCCUGAUUUGCCCGUCUGUUAGGCCGACUUCAAGAUCUUCUGUAACAUAAAACAACAUUAUAGUUUUUCAUGUUAUAUUCAAUUGUUUUUUUUUUGUUUUCGCUAUAGAAUUAAACCGGAUCAUAACUCCUGCGUUGGACCGGACCCUUCAGUUUCAUUUUUUUUUCUCUCGAUUAUUGAUGUAUUCUUUUGACAUUAUAGUACCAAAAUCAAAUGCUUAAGAGUAUCAUGAAAGUAAAAGUUGGAUUUGACUAAGGGAAUGAAACUGAUGUGUUAGAAUA